UUGUUCAAAAUUUUCUGCAAUUAUUAUUGUAAUUUUUUUUAAUGCAUUUUACUAAAUUGGCUGUACCAUGAAAUACUAUCCUAGUCCCGAUAUUUCAUUCUAUGUGGACAAGCCCUCUGGCUGGGACCACUAUUUGCGAUAUGGCCCACACCACAGCUGGAAGCUUCCUAAGGCCGACUUGCCGAGAAGCAAAGUCAUGUAUUACUGGCGAGACAUCGAUGGCGCCAAACUGCCUGAAAUAAAGCGCAAGGACUUAUACUUCGAUAAGUGGCCGAAGACGCGUAUACGCCCGCAAGCCUGCCUGGGCAUGCUCUAUGCCACAGGCUAUCGAUUCAUCAAGCUGACCCAAGCGCCCCCCGGGAACUUCAAGUGUGCACCGCUGCCGGUUAAUUUGGCUACUGCUCGUGUGCUGAAAGUUGAGCUGAAGAAGCGGAAGAAAGCAGCUGCAGCUGCUGCUAAGAAGGCCAAGCAGGAAGCAAAAGAGGCCAAGGCUGGCAAAAAUAAGGCUGGGAAGAAGAAGAAGAAAUAAGAAGAAAGAUAAAUGAUGUAAAUCGUAAAUAAACCAAGAUUACUCUGGCAUUUGCAGCACGCAGCUUCGCGCCCACUCAUUUAAUUUAUUUUUUUUCACCAUGUCAACGAAUUCUUCGAACUAGAGAUGAGGGCGUGAUCUUGAAGUUUCUUAAAGGUCAACCAAAAAAUCACCUGCUCAUUAGAACCGACAUCUUGAGAAUGAAAAUAUUUUAAAAGACCAAGUACUGCGGAAUUGAACACAAAAUCUUAAUAAAUAAAUAGAUCACUUGCUGAUUAAAAAUGAAUUCAUGUGAAUAAAAAUAUUAAAAAAUACCAA